AUGCCUUUCGGUAACACCCACAACACGCUGAAGAUGAACUACUCCGCGGAGCAGGAGUACCCCGACCUCAGCCAGCACAACAACUACAUGGCCAAGGUGCUCACACCUGAAGUGUACGCCAGCCUGAGGGACAAGGAGACGCCCAGUGGAUUCACGCUGGACGAUGUGAUCCAGACUGGCAUCGACAAUCCAGGUCAUCCGUUCAUCAUGACGGUCGGAUGCGUCGCCGGAGACGAGGAGACCUACGAGGUGUUCCAAGACCUGCUGGAUCCGGUGAUCCAAGACCGCCACGGAGGAUACAAGCCGUCAGACAUCCACAAGACGGACCUGAACUUUGAAAACCUGCAGGUGAACAGACCAGGUUCACAUCCAAAGACCAGUCUGGUUUCCUUUAAACCACCUGACUCUGGUCUCCUGUUUCAGGGUGGAGAUGAUCUGGAUCCAAACUACGUCCUGAGCUCUCGGGUUCGUACCGGACGGAGUAUCCGUGGCUUCUGCCUGCCGCCGCACUGCAGCCGAGGAGAGAGGCGGGCCAUCGAGAACCUGUCCAUCGAAAGUCUGGAUGUCCUGGACGAGGAGCUAAAGGGGACGUACUACGCCCUGAAGAACAUGACAGAGGAGGAGCAGCAGCAGCUGAUCGAUGACCACUUCCUGUUCGAUAAGCCUGUCUCCCCCCUGCUGCUGGCGUCCGGAAUGGCCCGUGACUGGCCCGACGGCCGCGGCAUCUGGCACAACGACAACAAGAGCUUCCUGGUUUGGGUGAACGAGGAGGAUCACCUGCGCGUCAUCAGCAUGCAGAAAGGCGGGAACAUGAGGGAGGUGUUCACCCGCUUCUGCACCGGACUCACCAAGAUCGAGGGCUUGUUUAAGGAGCGAGGUCACGAGUUCAUGUGGAAUGAGCACCUGGGCUACGUCCUCACCUGUCCGUCAAACCUGGGGACGGGACUGAGAGCCGGCGUCCACGUCAAACUGCCGAACCUCAGCAAGAGCGACAAGUUCGGAGAAAUCCUGACGAGACUGAGGCUCCAGAAGAGAGGGACAGGUGGAGUGGACACAGCGGCGGUGGGCGGAGUCUUUGACAUCUCCAACGCCGACCGUCUGGGUUUCUCCGAGGUGGAGCUGGUUCAGAUGGUGGUGGAUGGCGUCAACCUGCUGGUGGACAUGGAGAAAAGCCUGGAGGCCGGAGACGCCAUCGAGGACAUGAUCCCCGAGCAGAAGUGA